AUUCUAUCGUUGCCGUUUCAGGGGUCACGCACCACCUCGUGAUUUGUGUGCCAUCUCUAAUAAAAUUGCAGGCAUAGUUAUUUUUAUCUGUUGUUUUAUUUCGUAAAAUAACAGCACUUCAGACAUGUCCUUUCUCGCUGAACCCAUAGAUAACAAAUCAGCCGUAUCCGCUCUACAGGAAUUUUGUGCCAAGACAAAGAAUAUUCCACCAACAUAUAAUUUUAUUGAUGGCGAAGAUGGAGGGUACGUCUGCAAAGUAGAUCUGAUGGAGCUAAUGGCUUACGGAAAUGGGCGUUCGAAGCGCGAUGCCAAGCACCUGGCCGCCGUCAAUAUACUGCGUAAAAUCCGAAAGUUACCCGGCAUGGGCAACAUAAUCUCGCAGGAUUGCGAGACUAUGACUAUGGGUGAUCCGGAUGAGGCACUGAUAAACAUAAACCGGGACAUGCUGAAGGCUCUGCGAGACUACUGCGUCCGCCACGAGAUGCCACUGCCCAGCAUUGAGGUAGUGCAGCAAAGCGGCUCCCCAAACGCCCCAGAAUUUGUGGCCUGUUGCUCCGUGGCUUCCAUAGUUCGGUACGGAAAGUCGGACAAAAAGAAGGAUGCGCGACAGCGAGCAGCUAUCGAAAUGCUAGCCGUAAUCUCCAAAGAAGCGGACAAUUUGCGUCCGGGUCAAAUGGAAGUUGUGAGCACCAAGAAAUCGGAAGGUCUUGACUUGGAUGAAACGCUUGAGGAAUUGGAGGCGUUGCGCAGAAAGAAGUUCAACACCUACGUAGAGUUGACAGAAGCCGGAGCCAUAGAUCAUUCGGGCCUGCGCCUCUGCGACCGGCACAACUACUUCAAGAACUUCUACCCUGCCCUGAAGUGUGCGGCGCUUGAGGCCAUCCGUUCAGAUGAAUUCAUGACCUCUAAGGAUAAGGCUUUGAGUGUAAUGAGCGCUUUAAAGAUAACACCAAAAAUUAGUGUACUAAAGUCUUUAUCGGUGGUACCAAUGCUUUGCGUCGAGCUUAAUUGUGACUUAGACGUGGUCUUUGCAGCGCUUGAGACUAAUAUCUACGACCAAAUAAUAGACUAUUUCAGUACCAUGUUGGUCUAAUGCAUUGUAUCCAAUACGUAUAUACAUAUGUGGUAUAUAUAACAUUUAUUUAACUAGGUUGGCUUAAAACUAAGUAAACUUCUUCAUAUUUACACUGCAGAAUGCACAUAAGUCAUAUAUUACGUUUAAUACAAACUCCACCAAUUCUGUGGGUGUAAACAUCAAAAAAUGGAUUUCUUCAAGGUCUUUUGGUAAACGUCUGUGUUAACUUUGUACAGGAUUGAUAGGUGUGAAAAUUGCAAGCAAAUCACAAAGGGGAUUGGGAACAACAACAAAAGCUUAAAACCAACUUUCGAGACGGUGUAACAUAAUGAUUUUAUUAUUUAUUUUUCGAUGCCAAUACCAAUGCUUAUUAAAUAUUUAAACGGCCC